UCCCUUUGGCCACAUCCAUCUAGCAAGCAGGCAGUGUGGUGGGGGAAUUAAAGUGACACAGCUAUGUUCUGUGAAAGUAAAGCAGAGCAGCUCACAAGGGUGAGAUCUUUAAAGGGGGAAUAGCCUUUUAAUAGACAAGCCUCAUUGAGUAUCCUCUUCAGAGUUCUAUAGCCUUAAAGAAGACAGGAGUUAAUUUGUGGAUAACCUUGAAUUUAUCUCUAACCCUUUGGACAGGGGGGUGCUUUGUUUAUAUGCUUUUCUCUCUAUUGGUUUAUAAGGCACAGAUGAACAAGCAUCUGAUGCAGAGGGUACUUCUCCGCACAGCGCACUUGGAAAGCGACCCGAAGGCAUCUUGAAAUAGAAAUUCAAAAGGAGGAGGGAGAGGAGGAGGAGGAGGAGAGAAAGGAGGGGGCUUUAGAGUGAGAGCAUUGGUAUUCCAGGCUCAAAACCUAGCAUGGCUGUGCAGAAGAAACACUGUGACAUCCCUCCAUCACAGGGACCUCUUUCUACACGUACCAUCGAGAGCCAGAAGAAGAGGAAUGGAUUUGAAAGAACAGGAGACAAUGGUGGUUAUAUCAAACCAAAUUCACAGGCAAAGAAAGCCGCCUGUUCUGUCAACAAGGCUGCCGAAAUCUGUAACACAGCCACCCCACGGGCCACUGCAGCAGUGACAACAAAGUAUCAUUUUGCCCAUGUAGUGGCUAAUGGACUAAAUGUUGACGAGAGGCUGAAAGCGGCACGGGAAAGAAGACAGGAGCACCAGAAGUUACUUGUGUUUCGGGAACAGGGCAGGCUGGAGCGGGAGCAGCGGGCCAGGCGAUACUAUGAACAACAACUGCAGGAGCGCAAGAAGAAACUCCAGGACCAGAGGCUCAGAGAGGAGCGGAAGCGUGCUGCUGUGGAAGAGAAGCGCAAGCAGAGACUGAAGGAGGAGAAAGAGCGAUAUGAGUCUGCAGUGCGUAGGACAGUGGAGAAGAGCCAAAAGGUCCAACAGAGCCUCAGUCAAUACUCGAGAGGAAGGAAGCUCACCAAAAAUAUUCCACGUCGCCUGCCACUGACAACCUGGGAGAAGAACUUGGUCAAUCGCCUGCUUACCCCUACAUACUCUUAUCUGGCCAGGAGCAAGAGUGCUGGUUGUCAGUCAGGAGACCAAGUUGUCCAUGUUUGUCGCCGUGCAGUUUCAUUCCACUCCAUGAAUUCCACCACCACCACCACCACCACCACCACCCCCCCUCACAAACCCCAGCACCAUUCUGGUUCAGCCCACCACUGGCCAUCUGCCUCCCCCAGGCCUAACAACAGCCAGCACAGAAGCAUCAAUCUGGCACAGAUCACAACAGCAAGACAGCAAGAUACUAAUAAGAAGAACUCAAAUACCAGAUCUCCUGCCGUCAACACCAGUUUGAAACCUGCCAAAGAUACACAGAGCAGAACAACCUCUCCCUCACCUAAACGGACCCUCCGAAGAUCGGUCAGCAGACAUUCAACCCCGCUGCAGCUCGAGCUCCCACCGGUCCCUGAGGAAGAUGGUGCUCUUUGUAGUUCUGCCCUCUCUCCUGGUAACUCAAGGCCUGUCAGGACAUCACAAAUGAAAAUGAGGGAUGAAAAUCCACCAGAGGCUCCAUGUUCGAACCUGCCCGACAAAAAGUCAGCAGCUACAACCAGAACCGCUGCAGGAUAUAGAAGUCCCCCCCAAACGCCUCCUCAUCCAGCUCCACAGCCUCCUGAAGUCACAUGCAGGCCUUCGGCUGGGACUUCAGACCCAGGGGAGGCCUCACGUCUCCUGGCUGAAAAGAGGAGAGAGGCCCGACUACAACGGGAGAGAGAGGAGCAGGAGCGCCUGCAAAGAGAGGAGGCCGAAAGGCGGAGUCGUGAAGAACUGGAACGCAAGAGGGCAGACGAGCGAGCCCGACAGCAGGCCGAGGCUCAGCGUCUCAUAGAGGAGAAGAUGAGAAGGGAGGAAGAGGAGCAGAGAAAAGCUGAGGAAGAAAGAGCUCAGGCUAUGAGGGAAGCCACCCUUCUGCAGAAACAGAGAGAGGAGGAACAAGCCAGAGAAAAGGAAAAAGCAGAGCAGAUGAAACAAGAGCGAGAAAUACUUGCACAGAAAGAGGAGGCGGCGCGCCAAGCAAGAAAAAAGCGACUUGAGGAGAUCAUGCGGAGAACCAGAAGGACAGAUUCUCCUGAUACGAAAUCUGUACCAGUGAAGAUUUUGCCAAAUGAAGCCCAACCAAAGGAAAACACAGAGCCUGUGCACAAUGGCACCAUAGAAGAUGUUGUCAAGCUGCCAGUGGGGACGAAAACCUCACAGCUGGGGCUGAACAACGAGGAGGACAUGGUACCUGUUGUGGCCUUCAAAGAACGCAGGUCCCUCAGGACUCUCACAGGCCUGGAGGAAAUUCAGACCCACCAACGAGCAGAGGUCAUCUGAGCACCUGCGAAGUGGGCAGACGUUUAAGGACUUUGUUGGAGAGCUGUGAUUUCUCUGUGAAACACAGGAGUUACUGCAGUACAGCCAUUUUGCUGCCCUUCGGCACCUUUAAAGAGCAUGUAAGAUUACAGCCUUGCCUCUCACCGAGGACGUCAGCAUUUGGUCACUUUUCUGUGUGUAACCAGUGGCACAAAUAUUGUUAAGUUAUUUAUUACUUUCUUCAGUACAGCAGGUUUCUGAACUAGUAAUGACUAUCCAAAAACCAGUAGAUGUAGACAGUGGUAAGAAUAGUUUGCUGGCGAGUGUUGCCUCUGUACAGAUACUAGGAAUAGCCAUUCUAACAAUCACAACAUAUGUUAGCCAUUUCGCUUUUUUGCUUAUUCCUGAUAUUUCUUGCAAUCUAAGCACUUUUCCCUCCUCAGUUUUGUCACUGUGGAAUUAGAAUAGCUUGAGUGGUGGUUUGCGCUAAGAACACAAGAUUUUAGGUUGUUGGUGAAAGUUCCUUUCAUGAUUUAAUUCCUAAUUUAUUUUGUGAAGUAAAGCAAUCACGAAUUUCAACGCUGCUAAGGAAAUUAGUUUCCAAAGACUUUGCUUUAGUUUUGUGAGUGUUUUAGAGAAUACAAUGCACAAAGCCUUUAUUGCACUUGACAGUUGCUUUGUUUGAUAUUGCGCAACCACUUUACAAAGGAAAGUCUGAGGCGUAGGAGGUUAAAUAAGUUUAUUAAUAAUAAAAGUAUAUCAAAAAAUGUAUCUGAUCAUCAAUAUUUGAUCUUAUAGUUGAAGUAUUGCUUAUAGCUAUCACUUGUUAACCUGUUAAAGUUUAAAUAUAUGCCAUAUUUCAUUAAAGUUGAAACUAUGCUGCA